AUGUAUGAGUCAAUGCGUUUUGUAUCGGAUAGCUACCCCAGCGUAGUCCCGAUCGUGAAAAUACGACGUGCGAUGGCCCUCUUCGUAGCUGCCGCGAUUCUAUCUGCUCUGAUAUGGCUUCUAUACCGUGCAUAUCAGGUUUGUCAAACGCCCAACGAUGUUUUGGUAGAAAAAUUAGGCUUGGAUAUACCCCCCGCUCCCCAUGUCACCUUGGAAGAGAUUACCGCGAGGAUGAUUCGUGUGUCCUGGAAACUUCCGGAUUUGCAACAUUCUAUUCACAAGCACCUUAUCCAGGUCAAUGGGAUCAAAGUUGGUGAGACAAAACGUUUGGAAACAGGUGUUACCAUAUCCAAUCUCGCUCCAGGCCAUAUAUAUCAUAUCUGCGUCUCUGCCGUUAGCGCUGCCAAUUUCCAAACAUCAAGCUCGCUCCUUCAUGUCCGUACAAGAGCUCUGUCGAUCUCCGAGCCCCAUGAAGAUGAAGGGGAGGGUGGUCCAAUUAUUCGGGCUUACAUAACUAGGCCGCCGGCUCCUUUGGUUUCACCGUCUGCCCCAGUGAUGUUCAGGGACCACAGCAGCGGGCAGAUUCAGCGAAAACGCUCCACGGGGAACAGAAAAUCGUUCCCAUCUCCCAAUACAGGUCCAGAGCAUGCAAUGCAUACAGGCGCGGAGGAUUGUCAAAAAGCCGGCGAUGUUGAUGAUUCCGACGAGAAUCUUGCGCUGCUAGCCGAACGCCUCAGGGAUUUACAACAGGAAAAUGAAACUUUAGAAAAGCAAAUCUGCAUGGAAGAGAAGGAACAUGAGCUAACGUUACGAGAAAUAGAGGAGCAGCGGAACGAAGUCAGACAACGAGUGAAGGAGAAAGAUGAAGCCAGUGGGGACCUCAGAAGACACGUCAAUAGACUAGAAAGCAUCAAUCGUACAGUACAGAGUGAAAAGAGCAAGAAGGAAAGACUGUUGCAACAAAAGGAGGCAGAACGCCAAAAGCGUAAGGAGGAUAUCAUCCGAUGGAAUAAACAAUUAGUCGUCCUGCAUGGAAAAAUAUCCCGAGUGAAAGAGGAAAAAGCUCAGAUUGAGUCAGAGGCUCUAAAACAAGUCAAAGAGUAUCGCAGCAAGAUCGAACACGAACAGGCGGAAAUGAAAACUCUAGAUGAAGACAUUAAAGUGAAAGGAAGUCGGAUCAAGGACAUGGAAGAGGAGAGACGCCGUCUAGAGGGUGACGAUACCGAUGAUGGAAGAGAGCUUGAUCGAUUGGAAAAGGAAAAAGAUAAUUUUUGGGAAGUUAAAUUGGGGAACCUGCGGACUCAAUAUGCCUCACUCAUCAAAGUCCACUCUAGGGCCCAGCAACAGUACCAGGAAGCCCAAGAGCGUCUUGGAUGGGUUUCCUCCCAUAAAUCGAAUUCCGGGGUUCCGUUUGGCCCUCUUCCUUCAUUAGAUUUGGAUCUGACCCACCGACCUAGUCUUCAUCGUCGUUCUCGUCAUCGCAGUUCCCUUGUGAGCAACGUUUCGUCUCCCGUGAGCUAUCAUCUUAUGGAUACCUCGUUUUCCAAUGCAUCAAAUUACAAUGCUGCUGGAAAUGGGUCACCAACAUUUGCUCCCGGGCCGGCAUUCUUCAACAUUAACAACGGGAUGACUAUUCCAGACCCAUCUAAUCAGUCACCUGUCAAUCGCAUUGAUGCUGAUACACUAGCGAGCAUUCCACCUAUGAGUCCACGAGCAGAUUCUCUCCUACCUUCCGAUCUACUUGGUGACGAAGAGCAGGCAUCAGCAUCUCGCCCUCCUACCCAAUUUUCCAGAACGGCCGUUUUCGAUAACCUUCUUCCCAACUCUCCCUCACCCAUAUCAUCUGGAAGCCGCCCCGAAAGUUUAUUUACAAGCCCACGCGAAAGCCAAAGCAACCUACCGGAGAAUGCACUCAAUUCCAUGCCGGUGUCAAACAUACCGUUAGCUCAAGAGGCCUCUGAGAACGUACAAAGCGCAUCUCGUCGGCUGUCGGGACUUCUUAAUUUUCAUCGUCAAAGGGGCAAAACCAUGGUAGAUGGACUACCCAUGCUUGGGACUCUGAAGCCCGCCCAGAGUCAAUCGUUCCCACGAAAUCUCGAUGAAGGACUUGAUCCAAUAGGGACAAGACGGCGUCGGCUUAGCUAUACGGGCAACUGGGCGAACCCGGUAACAAAUCUAUUCCCCCGCAAUGCAACCACUCAUGUCACUAGUGAUAGUUCGUCUGACCGGCUACCUGCGGGCCGCAGAACGAUGUUCCCUAAUUUCUUCAGCUCCGGGAAACUGGCGUCUGCAACAUCAAGCGCUCUAGAGAAACCAACGAUAGACCGUACUGACCUAGGCACUGGAUAUAACCAAUUCAGCGCCAGACAUGACCCUAUAGAUCCGUCUAUACUCGGAACUGUUCGUCGCGGAUCGUUGUCUCCGAGGCCUACUUCUACCUACUCGUUUGAGAACCAUCAGCUUCCACGUCCUACUACGGAUAACCACCAGCCAUUUGGAUGGCCAUCGACAGACAAAUCGGGACAGAGAGGUAAUCCACUUGGCCUCGACUGGUCAUCUCCUACAGCUUGGUCCCGCAGCCAGUCCCGCCGGCCCUCCAUCCAGUUUGGGUCAUCAGGAAAUUUACCCUUAGGGUUGGCCGCUACCGACGUAGAUUUUCUCGGGACCCCAUACGAGCUACAACGACCAGUACAAGCUCCUAUUGGGACGCGCCCACCAUCAUCUCACCGACCAGUCACACCAAAACUUAACCCGACAGCACCUUCUUUCAAAACUAUUUUUGGCAAGAAAUCCGAGAGAACGAAAGCUAAAGAAGGAGAAUCUUCAAAACCUCGCGACCACGAUUUCAAUGUCGAAGACAGCUCAUCUCCAGAGCAGCGGCGUUCGAAAGACUCCCGUUCCAGCCGCACAUCUGCAGCUGACUCCUAUGAAUCCUUGGAACGGUUAUCAUCAGGAACACCUUCGGAAGCGGUAAACCCAAAGGAGUCAUUUAUCCAGAAGAUCACGCGGAAAAGCAGCUCGAGUAAGUUCAACAUCGCCUGGAAAGAUCGGGCGGGGUUAUUUUUGAAGAAAGGCGACUCCUCGACUCAAGGCGACAAUAUCGAUGAAGAUGCCGUGACGUCGGAUUCUCUACUCGGCAAAAGUGUUGAUAGCUUAUCUUUCAGCGCGGCGUCCGCGGACAAGUUGAAUAAGAGCAGUUUGGGAUUUGGUUUCAUGCGGAAAUCCAAGAAGGAGAAGGCUGCUAGUGACUCUGGUGAGAAGGCUAGUGAGACUGGGGAUGAGUAUCUCUCUGAAGAUGCCUAA